UUAUUGCUUUAAAUAAUUAAUUUUAACAAGGGAAUCAUUAGUAAAUAUUUUACUCAGAACUUCCAAUGAAAAAUAAUAGGUUUCUACCGGAAACACAAUUAUUAUCGCUGUUCUUAAAGAUGAAGAAGAAGGGAAUUGGAGAAUUGAUAACCCGGACCACUGACAGGGAUGAUUGGGGAGGCGUUGUGGAGAACAAGGCCCUUGAAGGGCUGUAGAGCCACGGAAGUAAGGAACAGAAUUCCACUCCAGCUCACAAGGCCAGGUCAACUCAACAAUGGCUGCAAAAUAACAUUCCAGAGUUCAUCUCAUCCUCGGAUUAGUUCUCAGGAAGCCCUGAUCUCAACUCACUAG